AAUGGAGGAUCAGGACAGAAUGAGCCAAGCCUCAAGUGUUGUCACAAUCUCCUCUUUCCCUGUCAGAAGCAAGGUUUGUCUCUCCUGUCCUGAACCACCUCUCCCUUUGCUUAGUCUCUGUUUAACAACCUCAAUGCUCAUUGACGCUACCGAACAUCAUGAACAUCAACGUUUACUGAGGUUAUUUUAUCAGCAUCAUUAUCAAUGAUCCUCUUUCAAACUCUUACAGGACGGUGAUGACAGGGUACACACGUUUGGGAAGAGAUAUAGGGCAGCUAAGAGAGACCCCAACUGCCCCGUGGUGAUCAGGGGUUGGCUCAAUAAGAAGGUACUGUUCAGUAAGCAUAACGUCCUAUAUUAUGUUUUGAUCACUGCGAAGUAGCAUUAAACAGGCUUUGUAUUGAAUGUGGAUGUAGGACUUUCAGAAACACUUUAUUAUAACUCACGAAUAAGCCUUUAUAAAUGCUUGUAUAUGUUUAUUAAUGCUCAUAACUGCUUUAUACAUGAUUAUACAUGUCAUAAAUGCUUAUGAAUUGUAAUGCUUAUAAUUCUUAUAAAUGCUUUGUCCCAUGUAGGACAGCUCUGGGCUGAAACUGUGGAAAAGAAGAUGGUUUGUCCUGUCUAACUACUGUCUGUUCUACUACAAAGGCAAGCAAAUAAUAUUUGAUCAUGUCGUUGUGUGUGUACCUUACAUAAAUAGUGCCGUUUUCUCUAGCCUCUCUUUUUCUCUAUCCUCUUUCUCUUCUAGAUAGUAGAGAAGAAUCUGUUUUGGGUAGCAUCCCGCUACCUAGCUACAACAUUCUAUUCUGCACACCGCGAGAGUGCAAGAACAGAAAACAUUCUUUCAAAGUAAGUAACAUAAAGUAUACAUUCCACUUUCCACUAUGUUGACUGUAUGUUUAGUACAUGUAUGUGUUUAUACUGUGUCUGUGUAUACUGUAAAAUAAUAUAUUCAUAUUAUAUAAGGUGGUGCACAAGGGAAUGCGCUCCUACUUCUUCAGUGCAGACACUCAGGAGGACAUGCUGGGCUGGGUCAGAGCACUCAGUCAGUCUGCCUGUAUGGAAGCAGACAACUCCAUCAACAGGUAGAGCACUAUAUCCCAACUCUUCAUCUUAGCAUUUCCCUAAGUAAUAAUUAUACUAAUAAUACUAGUAAUAUUAGGAUUCAUAAUAAUGAUACAAAAACGAAUAAUAAUAAUAAUAAUAAUAAUAAUAAUAAUAAUAAUAAUAAUAUUAAUAUAGGACUCAUUAGAAACUUUCUUUAACACAUUAUUUUAUUUUAUUUUGUUAUAAAGAGGUUUUAAUCCAGUCAUAAUGCUACCAUUUUCUCUACUGUUGUAUUAUCCUCCCUUUUCUGAUCCUCUCAGGCGUUGCUCGAGUUAUCAGGACUUCAUGCAGAUAGGUGGCAGCAGUGAGUCUGUUGAUCUCCCUCAUUCCCCCUCUCUCCGAGAUGGUCUCUCCCAAAAUGCGGCACACACCAACCGAUCACAGAGAGAACCAAAUCAGGUCACCGGGGGGAGAAUAGAGACACCACAUUCCGAACCGAGAGGGAGGCGGAGCAUGCAACAAAGGUAGUAGGCAGAAGCAGUGUCUAGACAUCUGCCAUCUGUCACUGUCUCUGUCACCAAACACAUUUAGAAAGUCAUACGGUUAUUUUGGGUGAAUUGUGUAAAGGGGGGUGAUGACUUUGGCAUUCUGUGCUAUUUUCUCUCUUGUGUACUCAGCCCAUCGCCCAAAACAUCCAGCCCAAUAGAGUUUAGCAGCAGAAGGAGAGACCGGACAGACGAGGAUCCCCUUCCCUUCCAUUCUGGUCUUAACACACCACCAAAGCCCAUAGAAUUUAUUGGGACAGGUUCUUUAGCCGCCAGAGGUCAAUUGGGGUCGCGACCCCACACACCAGUGGGCCGGGUUGACAUUCGACCCCAGGAUGAUCCUCCCGUUAUGCCAGAGACCCAUUACGCCCCUGCGUCUCCCAAGCUGGAGUUUAAGUCCGCCCCCCACACUCCAGGGACUGAGAGAUGGCAAACAAUCAACAGUGUGAGGAGGAAACAAUGAAUUAUUUGUGUUGUUAUUCUAUCACAAUACUUAUAAAUGUGUAGAUGCUGGGUAAAUACUUUUAUAAUAGAAGGAUUCAUGAGUAUGUGGUGUGUCAUUGUGUGUCAUCGUGACAAGGUAAAACUAAAACAUAGACAGCAUAAUAUAAUUAAAGAGGAAGUUAAUUAAGGUUGGGAUUAAGGUUUGGUUUUUGAUUCUUUAAUUAUCUCAAUCUUCAUGUUGCUUUUCUUCCCUAGCCCACGCCUGUAUACUCCUCCCUCCACCAUUUUUCAAGUGGACGAAAAGCUUUAGGAAAGGUACAGUACCCUGUAAAUAUACACAGAAUGUGCACAACAGAACAUAAUAUAUGUAUACAGUAUAUAGUAUACAUCAAUAAACAACAUACACUGUGUACACAGAAAGUUAAUACACACCGACAGUGCCUUCAGAAAGUAUUCACACGUAUUUCCACAUUUGUUGUCUUACAGCCUGAAUUUAACUUGGAUUGAAUUGAGAUUUUGUGACACUGGCCUACACACAAUACCCUAUAAUGUCAAAGAAGAAUCAUGUUAUUAGAAUUGAAUUUCAAGCACAGAUUCAACCACAAAGACCAGGGAGGUUUUCAAUGCCUCGCAAAGAAGGGCACCUAUUGGUAAAUGGGUAAAAAAACUAACAGACAUUGAAUAUCCCUUUGAGCAUGGUGAAGUUAUUAAUUACACUUUGGAUGGUGUAUCAAUACAUCCAGUCACUACAAAGAUACAGGCGUCUUUCCUAACUCAGUUGCCGGAGAAGAAGGAAACCACUUAGGGAUUUCAUCAUGAGGCCAAUGCUGAGUUUAAAACAGUCACAGAGUUUAAUGGCUGUGAUAGGAGAAAACUGAGGAUGGAUCAACAACAUUGUAGUUACUCCACAAUACUGACCAAAAUGACAAAGUGAAAAGAAGGCAGCCAGUACAGAAUACAAUUACUCCAAAACAUGCAUCCUGGUUGCAAUAAGGCACUAAAGUAAAACUGCAAAAAAUGUGUCAAAGUAAUGAACUUUAUGUCCUGAAUACAAAGCGUUAUGUUUGGGUCAAAUCCAACACGUCACAGAGUGCAACUCCUCAUAUUUCCAAGGAAGGUGGUGUCUGCAUCAUGUUAUGGGUAUGCUUGUCAUCUGCAAGUACUAGGGAGUUUUUUAGGAUCAAAAUAAACGGAAUAGAGCUAAGCACAGGCAAAAUCCUAGAAGAAUACAUGGUUCAGUCUGCUUUCCAACAGACACUGGGCAACAAAUUCACGUUUCAGCAGGACAACAACCUAAAACACAAGGCCAAAUAUACACUUGAGUUGCUUACCAAGAUGACAUUGAAUGUUCCUGAGUGGCCUAGUUACAGUUUUGACUUAAAUCUGAUUGAAAAUCUAUGGUAAGACUUGAAAAUGGCUGUCUAGCAAUGAUCAACAACCAACUUGACAGAGCUUGAAGAAUGUUAAAAAGAAUAAUGUGGAAAUAUUGUACAAUCCAGGUGUGUAAAGCUCUUAUAGACUUACCCAGAAAGACUCACAGCUGUAAUCGCUGCCAAAGGUGAUUCUGACAUGUAUUGACUCAGGGAUGUGAAUACUCACUGUAUGUAAAAUGAGAAAUUUCUGUCUUAAAUUAAAUGUCUAAAAACAUGUUUUCACUUUGUCAUUAUGGGGUAUUGUGUGUAGAUGGAUAAGAUUUGUAAAAAUGUUUUAUCCAUUUUUUAAUUCAAGUUGUAACACAACAAAAUGUGGAAUAAGUCAAGGGGUAUGAAUACUUUCUGAAGGCACUGUAUAUCUUUUUAAUAACAUGAUCAUUUAUCAUAGUGUAUUUAUAGGAAGAUAAUUGUAUAACUGACCAUCAUUAUUAUCAUGUGAACUUUCUAUAAUAAUAAGCCAUGUAUGUUACUAUAUAUAUACAGUGGGGAGAACAAGUAUUUGAUACACUGCCGAUUUUGCAGGUUUUCCUACUUACAAGCAUGUAGAGGUCUGUAAUUUUUAUCAUAGGUACACUUCAACUGUGAGAGACGGAAUCUUAAACAAAAAUCCAGAAAAUCACAUUGUAUGAUUUUUAAGUAAUUAAUUUGCAUUUUAUUGCAUGACAUAAGUAUUUGAUACAUCAGAAACGCAGAACUUAAUAUUUGGUACAGAAACCUUUGUUUGCAAUUACAGAGAUCAUACGUUUCCUGUAGGUCUUGCCCAUGUUUGCACACACUGCAGCAGGGAUUUUGGCCCACUCCUCCAUACAGACCUUCUCCAGAUCCUUCAGGUUUCGGGGCUGUCGCUGGGCAAUACAGACUUUCAGCUCCCUCCAAAGAUGUUCUAUUGGGUUCAGGUCUGGAGACUGGCUAGGCCACUCCAGGACCUUGAGAUGCUUCUUACGGAGCCACUCCUUAGUUGCCCUGGCUGUGUGUUUCGGGUUGUUGUCAUGCUGGAAGACCCAGCCACGUCCCAUCUUCAAUGCUCUUACUGAGGGAAGGAGGUUGUUGGCCAAGAUCUCGCGAUACAUGGCCCCAUCCAUCCUCCCCUCAAUACGGUGCAGUCGUCCUGUCCCCUUUGCAGAAAAGCAUCCCCAAAGAAUGAUGUUUCCACCUCCAUGCUUCACGGUUGGGAUGGUGUUCUUGGGGUUGUACUCAUCCUUCUUCUUCCUCCAAACACGGCGAGUGGAGUUUAGACCAAAAAGCUCUAUUUUUGUCUCAUCAGACCACAUGACCUUCUCCCAUUCCUCCUCUGGAUCAUCCAGAUGGUCAUUGGCAAACUUCAGACAGGCCUGGACAUGCGCUGGCUUGAGCAGGGGGACCUUGCGUGUGCUGCAGGAUUUUAAUCCAUGACGGCGUAGUGUGUUACUAAUGGUUUUCUUUGAGAAUGUGGUCCCAGCUCUCUUCAGGUCAUUGACCAUGUCCUGCCGUGUAGUUAUGGGCUGAUCCCUCACCUUCCUCAUGAUCAUUGAUGCCCCACAAGGUGAGAUCUUGCAUGGAGCCCCAGACUGAGGGUGAUUGACCGUCAUCUUGAACUUCUUCCAUUUUCUAAUAAUUGCGCCAACAGUUGUUGCCAACUCACCAAGCUGCUUGCCUAUUGUCCUGUAGCCCAUCGCAGCCUUGUGCAGCUCUACAAUGUUAUCCCUGAUGUCCUUACACAGCUCACUGGUCUUGGCCAUUGUGGAGAGGUUGGAGUCUGUUUGAUUGAGUGUGUGGACAGGUGUCUUUUAUACAGGUAACGAGUUCAAACAGGUGCAGUUAAUACAGGUAUUGAGUGGAGAACAGGAGCGCUUCUUAAAUAAAAACUAACAGGUCUGUGAGAGCCGGAAUUCUUACUGGUUGGUAGGUGAUCAAAUACUUAUGUCAUGCAAUAAAAUGCAAAUUAAUUACUUAAAAAUCAUACAAUGUGAUUUUCUGGAUUUUUGUUUUAGAUUCCGUCUCUCACAGUUACAGACCUCUACAUGCUUUGUAAGUAGGAAAACCUGCAAAAUUGGCAGUGUAUCAAAUACUUGUUCUCCCCACUGUAUAUAUAGUAACAUACAUGGCUUAUUAUAGAAAGUACAGUACCAGUCGAAGUUUGGACACACCUACUCAUUCAAGGGUUUUUCAUUAUUUUUACUAUUUAUUACAUUGUAGAAUAAUAGUGAAGACAUCAAAACUAUGAAAUAACACAUAUGGAAUCAUGUAGUAAACAAAAAAGUGUUAAACAAAACAAAAAUCGAAAUAUAUUUUAUGUUUGAGAUUCUUCAAAUAGACACCCUUUACCUUGAUGAGAGCUUUGCACACUCUUGAAAUUCUCUCAUCCAGCUUCACCUGGAAUGCUUUUCCAACAGCCUUGAAGGAGUUCCCACAUAUGCUGAGCACUUGUUGACUGCUUUUCCUUCACUCUGCGGUCUGACUCAUCCCAAACCAUCUCAAUUGUGUUGAGGUCGGGGGAUUGUGGAGGCCAGGUCAUCUGAUGCAGCACUCCAUCAGUCUUCUUCUUGGUAAAAUAGCCCUUACACAACCAGGUCUCUUCUUCUUAUUGAUGUCCUAGUAGUGGUUUCUUUGCAGCAAUUCGACCAUGAAGGCCUGAUUCACACAGUCCCAUCUGAACAGUUGAUCUUGAGAUGUGUCUGUUACUAGAUCUCUAUUUGGGCUGCAAUUUCUGAGGCUGGUAACUCUAAUGAACUUAUCCUCUGCAGCAGAGGAAACUUUGGGUCUUCCAUUCCUGUGGGGGUCCUCAUGAGAGUCAGUUUCAUCAUAGCGCUUGAUGGUUUUUGCGACUGCACUUGAAGAAACUUCUUGAAAUGUUCCGUAUUGACUGACCUUCAUGUGUUAAAGUAAUGAUGGACUGUCAUUUCUCUUUGCUUUUUUGAGCUGUUCUUGCCAUAAUAUGGACUUGGCCUUUUACCAUAUAGGGCUAUUUUCUGUAAACCCCCCUACCUUGUCCCAACACAACUGAUUGGCUCAAACACAUUAAGAAGGAAAGAAAUUCCAUAAAUUAACUUUUAAGAAGGCACACCUGUUAAUUGAAAUGAUUUCCAGGUGACUACCUCAUGAAGCUGGUUGAGAGAAUGCCAAGAGUGUGCAAAGCUGUCAUCAAGGCAAAGGGUGGCUAUUUGAAGAAUCUUAAAUAUAAAAUAUAUUUUGAUUUGUUUAACACUUUUUUUGAUUACUACAUGAUUCCAUAUGUGUUAUUUCAUAGUUUUGAUGUCUUCACUAUUAUUCUACAAUGUAGAAAAUAGUAAAAAUAAAGAAAAACCCUUGAAUGAGUAGGUGUGUCCAAACUUUUUACUCUUACUGUAUAUGUAUAUAUAUACAUAUAUUUUCUUAAUUACGUACUGUAUCGUAUAUAUUUUUUGCCCUGUUUCUCUCUUCAGAGCUACUCCACAGGGGGGCAAACAGACUUAUUGCCCCCUUUGCCCUCAUCAUCAAGAGUUCCCCAUGCUCCUCACCCCCCUCACCUCCACCACCACCACCACCAUCACCAUCACAGCCAUAUGUCUGUCUGUCUGCUACCGACACUUAUGGUACAACCUGUCUGUCUUUGGUCUGUGUUUGACUAGCUUUUUAUGUUGUUAUGUCUUAAUAUUGUGUUUUGUCUGUAGCACUUCAGAUUACAAUAUACCAUAGACUUGUAACAUAGUAACUACACUACUGAUAAGUUAUUCAUAUAAUGGCAUUUGACGUCCACAUAUUUAAGGAAACACUACUAACACAUACUCCUCACAACGUCUGUCUGUUUACAGUUAUGUCUGUCUGUUUGUCCAUCCUGUUUGUUGUUUAGCCACUGGCGAGUGAGUCCAAUAACUGUAAAUUGUCUUGUGUAGCGAUAGCCUUUGUGUUCUGCAUUUGUCACGUUUUUCAAUCUCUGUUUUUCAAAUACAUUGUUUGACAAUAAUGUGUUUUCUGUUGUUGUUUAUUUCAUGUAGCUACAGUAUUGGCAACGUGAGGCUGUUGAAGCUUCCGUAUGUUCAAAUCAAUGUGAUGUUGAUGAUUAUGAAAUUAACUGCCUACUACACUAUGUUGAGGUCAAAGGUUAUAUUUCAACACAAUUGCUUUUCCGCCAAGUAGAAUAAUGACAGUAACUAUAUAACCUCUUUGUUUUUUCAUGCGCUAUAAAGCAUGUAUCAACGACUGUAGAGUUCAUGGGCAAACUCAUAUCAUAAUAAUUUAACUUAAAGACAUAUUUAUAUAUCUUGUCUCAAAAAUAUUGAGGUGUUUUGUGUAACACUCACUCAAGAAAACUGAUUCGAAACACAAACAUGUACACACAUACAAAAAGAUUCCUUAGCCCAGGAAGUGUACUGGGGUAAGGAAUGUUUUAGGAUUUUCAAGUCUCUCAGUCGAGCACCUGAUUCCAUUUUUUUCAAGCUGGUCUGGAGCGCGUUUCAGUACCCUUUCUUUCUAAUGUACACGCAUACAUUCCAUUAUUCACAAAGAACUCAUUCGUGAUACCAGGGGCGAUUUGGGAUUUCAUUUGAGUUAUAGAAGGAAGUUUAUCAAAUUCAGUAUGAAAAUCAGAGUGGUUAGAUCAUGAGCUGUCAUGAACUCUCUGCUUACAGCCUGCCAAGUCUGAGCUGUUCAAAGACAGAGAGACUCCACCACCCAUCAGACCUUUUGAGAGUGAUGCAGAUGUAAGAGCUUGUAUUUGUGCCCUUUAAUGAAAUGUAGUCCUUAUUAUCCUUCUUAUCCAAUAUAUCCUUCUUAUUGUUUCACUGUUUUCUAUCAAAUUUGUUUCACUAAUUGAACUGUGUUUGAUUGUUUAACAGUGUUUUUUUAUUCUGUUAGGCUGUGCUGACUAGACUGUGUGGGUGUGACAAGCUUCUCCAGUCUCUUUCUCUAGAGCUGGCCCAGCUACAAGUUGACAAGGUCAGUACCUUCAGCUUACAGUUUCCUUUCAAUAGCCUUCACAUUGUUGUCAUUUUUCUACUAGACAACAUUCAUGUAUAGUGUUAUUCACUCAACACUUCACACAGACUUUGCCUAGACUCUAUUUACUGUACAGUCAAUGGCUUAAUCUGGUGAAAUGUUCCAUUUGUAGCACCGCAAACUUCAACCUUUGGAAGCUUCUACAAUUAAAACAUUUUCCCAAUCCUUUUCCAUCUUACAAUGGUGUACAUUGUAUUGUUCAAACUUUUUCACCCUUCCCAUCUCUCCCUCUCUUAUAGUACAGUGUCCAGCGCGCCUUAGAGAUGACCAGGCUGCAACUGGAUGAGUGGAGGAGCGAAGGACUCAAAGGACAGGAAGGAGCGCUCACCCAGAAGGCUUUGCUCCAGGAAGAACUGGUCACUAUCCGAGCAAGGAUGUGUGACGUCUCAUUGGUGCAUAACAUAGGAUCAUUAACCAUGACUUGCUCUGUCAAAAAGGAUACAUUCUGCAGUGUAAUGGAAGGGACAUUGUAACAAUGCCAAUGGCUCUGUAACUUUUUUUUUUUUUUUACUAAUUGUUUAUGAUUGUAUGAUAUAUUAGUGUUAAAUGAAAAAUCGAAUUGAUAUCCAUAUCAGGAAGACCAUAUUAUGAACCUAAACUUAAAUUCUUAACCCCUAAUUAAAACAUAUUUGUUUACUUUUCGGUACAGGAAAUGGAGAGAUUGUGGAGCCAGUAUGAGAGGAUGGAGAGUGAGCUGUCUGUGUUCCGCUCACACCUCCAGCACGUCUGUAAUUUCGGGAUGCCACAGGUAUAGACUCCUCAGUUUUAUCACACUUCACAGAUUAUCUUGUGCUCUCACAACAUUUAUUUUAAUACAAUGUUCUUGAAUUGAAUUUAGUACACUGCAACUCAUAAAAUGUUUCCCAUACCUAUAAUGGUCAGUUUCACGUAAGAUAUAUUCCUAGCAGGGGCAGAACAGGGGCAUACAAUGGCGCCAGAGGAGAUAGCUGCCGUUUUACGGGCUCCUAACCAAUUGUGCUAUUGUGUGUUUUUUUGCGUUAUUUGUAACUUAUUUUGUACACAAUGUUUCUGCCACCGUCUCUUAUGACCGAAAAUAGCUUCUGGAUAUCAGGACAGCGAUUACUCACCUCGUACUGGACGAAGAUUUUUUCUUUAACGAGUUGGACGCGAAGGAUUUACUUCAGACACCCGACAAGGCCCAAAAAAAAGAGACUGAGAUAUCGGCGACGUAGGUCGGGGUGCCUUUUAAGGAUCCGAUGGCGAAUGGGUAAUCUGCCUCUACCAUCAUUCCUAUUAGCCAACGUACAAUCAUUGGAUAACAAAAUAGAUGAGCUACGAUCACGAAUAUCCUACCAACGGGACAUUAAAAACUGUAAUAUCUUAUGUUUCACCGAGUCGUGGCUGAAUGAUGACAUGGAUAACAAACAGCUGGCGGGGUUUACGCUGCAUCGGCAAGAUAGAACAGCCGCCUCUGGUAAGACAAGGGGUGGCGGUCUGUGUAUAUUUGUAAACAACAGCUGGUGUACGAAAUCUAAUAUUAAGGAAGUCUCGAGGUUUUGCUCGCCUGAGGUAGAGUAUCUCAUGAUAAGCUGUAGACCACACUAUUUACCAAGAGAGUUUUCAUCAAUAUUUUUCGUAGCUGUCUAUUUAUCACCACAAACCGAUGCUGGCAGUAAGACGACACUCAAAGAGCUGUAUAAGGCCAUAAGCAAACAGGAAAACGCUCAUCCAGAGGCAGCGCUCCUAGUGGCCGGGGACUUUAAUGCAGGGAAACUUACAUCCAUUUUACCUCAUUUCUACCGCAUGUUAAAUGUGCAACCAGAGAAAAUAAAACUCUAGCCACAUUUACUCCACACACAGAGACGCGUACAAAGCUCUCCCUCGCCCUCCAUUUGGCAAAUCUGACCAUAAGUAUAUCCUCCUGAUCCCAGCUUACAAGCAAAAACUAAAGCAGGAAGCACCAGUGACUCGGUCAAUAAAGAAGUGGUCAGAUAAUGCAGAUGCUAAGCUACAGGACUGUUUUGCCAGCACAGACUGGAAUAUGUUCAAGGAUUCUUCCGAUGGCAUUGAGGAGUACACCACAUCAGUCACGGCUUCAUCAAUAAGUGCAUCGAUGACGUCGUCCCCACAGUGACCGUGUGUACAUACCCCAACCAGAAGCCAUGGAUUACAGGCAACAUCCACACUGAGCUAAAGGGUAGAGCUGCCACUUUCAAGGAGCGGGACUCUAACUCGGAAGCAUUUAAGAAAUCCCGUUAUGCCCUCCGACGAACCAUCAAACAGGCAAAGCGUCAAUACAGGACUAAGAUUGAAUCGUACUACACCGGCUCCGAUGCUCGACGAAUGUGGCAGGGCUUACAAACUAUUACAGACUACAAAGGGAAGCACAGCCGUGAGCUGCCCAGUGACAUGAGCCUACCAGACGAGCUAAAUUACUUCUAUGCUCGCUUCGAGGCAAGCAACACUGAAGCAUGCAUGAGAGCAUCAGCUGUUCCGGACGACUGUGUUAUCACGCUCUCCAUAGCCAAUGUGAGUAAGACCUUUAAACAGGUCAACAUUCACAAGGCCGUAGGACCAGAUGGAUUACCAGGACGUGUACUCCGAGCAUGCACUGACCAACUUGCAAGUGUCUUCAUUGACAUUUUCAACCUGUCCCGGACUGAGUCUGUAAUACCAACAUGUUUCAAGCAGACCACCAUAGUCCCUGUGCCCAAUAACACUAAGAUAACCUGCUUAAAUGACUCCAAACCUGUAGCACUCACGCCUGUAGCCAUGAAGUGCUUUGAAAGGCUGGUCAUGGCUCAAAUCAACACCAUUGUCCCAGAAACCCUAGAAACCCCACUCCAAUUUGCAUACUGCCCCAACAGAUCCACAGAUGAUGCAAUCUUUAUUGCACUCCACACUGCCCUUUCCCACCUGGACAAAAGGAACACCUACGUGAGAAUGCUAUUCAUUGACUACAGCUCAGCGUUCAACACCAUAGUGCCCUCAAAGUUCAUCACUAAGCUAAGGACUCUGGGACUAAACACCUCCCUCUGCAACUGGAUCCUGGACUUCCUGACAAGCCGCCCCCCAGGUGGUAAGGGUCGGUAAUAACACAUCUGCCAACAUGAGGGCCCCUCAGGGGUGCUUUCUCAGUCACCUCCUGUACUCCCUGUUCACCCAUGACUGCAUGGCCAGGCACGACUCCAACACCAUCUUUAAGUUUGCCGACGACACAACAGUGGUAGGCCUGAUCACUGACAAUGAUGAGACAGCCUAUAGAGAGGAGGUCAGAGACCUGGCCGUGUGUUGCCAGGAUAACAACCUCUCCCUCAACGUUAUCAAGACAAAGGAGAUGAUUGUGGACUACAGGGAAAAAAAGAGGACUGAGCACGCCCCCAUUCUCAUCGACAGGGCUGUAGUGGAACAGGUUGAGAGCUUCAAGUUCUUUGGUGUCCACAUCACCAACAAACUAUCAUGGUCCAAACACACCAAGACAGUCGUGAAGAGGGCACGACAAAGCCUAUUCCCCCUCAGGAGACUGAAAAGAUUUGGCAUGGGUCCUCAGAUCCUUAAAAAGUUAUACAGCUGCACCAUCGAGAGCAUCCUGACUGGUUGCAUCACUGCCUGGUAUGGCAACUGCUCCGCCUCCGACCGCAAGGCACUACAGAGGGUAGUGCGUAUGGCCCAGUACAUCACUGGGGCCAAGCCUCCUGCCAUCCAGGACCUCUAUACCAGGCGGUGUCAGAGGAAGGCCCUAACAAUUGUCAAAGACUCCAGUCACCCUAGUCAUAGACUGUUCUCUACUACCGCACGGCAAGUGGUACCGGAGCGCCCAGUCUAGGUCCAAAAGGCUUCUUCAUAGCUUCUACCCUCAAGCCAUAAGACUCCUGCACAGCUAAUCAUGGCUACCCAGACUAUUUGCCUUGCCCCCUCCCCCCCCCCCAACGACCCCACCCCACCCACCCCCUCUUUUACGCUGCUGCCACUCUCUGUUUAUUAUCUAUGCAUAGUCACUUUAACUCUACCUACAUGUACAUAUUACCUCAAUUACCUCGACUAACCUGUGCCCCCGCACAUUGACUCUGUACUGGUACCCCCUGUACAUAGCCUCGCUACUAUUAUUUUACUUCUGUUCUUAAUUAUUAUUAUUAUUUAUAUAUAUAUAUAUAUAUAUUUAUUUACAAUAUUUAUUUUAUGUUUUUAAUUUUUUAUCUAUUUUUACUCAACACUUAUUUUUCUUAAAACUACAUUGUUGGUUAAGGGCUUGUAAGUAAGCAUUCCACUGUUGUAUUCGGCGCAUGUGACAAAUACAAUUUUAUUUUAUUUUAUUUGAUGAAUCUCAGGAACAUAUAUACAGUAUGUUUCUUCUGUUUCCCUCUGCAACGCUCAGAAGUCACACAGAACUCGUUAGUAGGGACUGUGGUAAAACUGCACAGAAUGAUUGGGGGAAAUGUAUUGAUCUUCUGUUCUAAGAAAUAUGAAAUACACAAUGAUUGCCUGAUUAUCUUCCUUCUGCUUUCCUGAACUUUCCAAUACCAGUCAGAUGCAUUUCAAUCACUUGAAAGCAUACUUCAUUCAGACUGAAAUUUGGCAUUACCUUAUAUACCUUAUAUCUUUAUAAGGCCAGAUUCAAAAUCAUUUUUACACAUUGUUUACGAUACCCCCACUUGUCCCAAAAAAUGUAAUAAAAUACUGUGAUCAAUAUCUUAAAACAAAUACAGUGCCUUCAGAAAAGAUUCAUACCCCUCAACUUAUUCCACAUUUUGUUGUGUUAGAGCCUGAAUUCAAAAUUGAUUAAAUAUAUAUUUUUCUCACCCAUCUACACACAAUACCUCAUAAUUAUCUAGUCUUGCCAUAACAAAGGGGGUUGAAUAUUUAUUGACUCAAGACAUUUCUGGUUUUUAUUUUUUAUUAAUUUGUAAAAAUUUCUAAAAAUAUAGUUCCACUUUGACAUUAUGGGAAAUUGUGUGUAGGCCAGUGACACCAAAUCUCAAUUUAAUCCAUUUUAAAUUCAGGCUGUAACACAAAAAAAUGUGGAAAAAGUCAAGGGGGCGUGAAUACUUUCUGAAGGCACUGCACAGUACGCGUUAAUAGGGUAAUAAUAUAAUACAGAAAACACUUCAGCAUUGUAAAGGUCUGCCACAUCUGCCUCUGGCUCUCACCAUCCCUAAAACAUGGUUAUCAAUCAAAGCCCUAAUAAAGGUGCUUGUCAAACCUGAUAGAUCAAUGUCAUCACAAAAUGCAGUCUAAAUCACAUGAAUCAGCCAAGAACUCCUCCUUUAGAUAAAGGACUGUGUAGCUCCUGUUCUGAGCACACUAUCUGAUAAUAUGCUGAGGGUAUGAAACUAGCCUAAAUGUUGUUCCAGGGCUUAGGUGUUUCAAUGGGUGUUUGGGGGGACCAAAUAAAAUGUUAAAGCAUAUCUUCACUUUGAUAGACUUCCAUUUUUCCAUAAACCUAUGGGAAAUCUAUGGGACCAGGAGAGACUGUCAUCCACGGUUUUGUUUUGUUUCAAAAGCCACUGCUAACUUGAGCUCAGUUGGAAAUAAAAUAGAUAGGGGCAAGCUUGCCAUGUUCAAAGUUGAAUGACCAAAUCAACUGAAAGACCUGUUUUGUGAUUUGGCCUUUAAAUGACCCCCUGUCCCCUGUCCCCCGUCCUCCGUCCCCCAUCCCCUGUCCUCCGUCCCUCCUCAGGAGCAGUCCCAGGCCCAGAGAGAGCUGUGGAUGAUGGAGGACAUCCUCUCUGGACUCAGGGUAAACAGGGAUCACUUCCGAGUCCUGCUGGGCUUGCAGAGGCACACAGGUAACUGUCGGAAACACUCAUACUUUGUCUGAUCAUUUGCUCAUAUUGCUUAGGCUUAGGAAUUAAUAUGGAUUGCCCACAUUGAGAAAGGGAGCAACCAGAGGCAGAUAUAUAGAGAGAUACAGUAUACAGUAUGGCUCUUGUAGCAACUUAUUCUCUUCACUUGUGUGUCUUUUCUAAGCUCCCAAAGGAGUAUUCCAGAAGUCAUCCUCCCACCCGGGGACACCUGGAUCUUCAACAGAGAGGAUGCCGAGUGGAUUGCCAAUGGUAUGACUACCAAUACCAGUGACCUAGUAGGUUACCAUAGUGCUGUGGAAUCAUACGAAUUCAGAGUGGGUUCCCUGCAUGCUGUCAUAUAUCCAAAGAGAUAUUGGAAAAGGCAUAUAGAGUGAGGGAAAAAAGUUUUUGAUCCCCUGCUGAUUUUGUACAUUUGCCCACUGACAAAGACAUGAUCAGUCUAUACUUUUAAUGGUAGGUUUAUUUCAACAGUGAGAGACAGAAUAACAACAAAAUAAUCCUGAAAGACGCAUGUCAAAAAUGUUAUAAAUUGAUUUCCAUUUUAAUGAGGGAAAUAAGUAUUUGAACCCUCUGCUAAACAUGACUUAGUACUUGGUGGAAAAACCCUUGUUGGCAAUCACGAGGUUUGCACACAUCUCAGGAGGGAUUUUGUCCCACUCCUCUUUCCAGAUCUUCUCCAAGUCAUUAAGGUUUUGAGGCUGACUUUUGGCAACUCGAACCUUCAGCUCCCUCCACAGAUUUUCUAUGGGAUUAAGGUCUGGAGACCACUCCAGGACCUUAAUGUGCUUCUUCUUGAGCCACUCCUUUGUUGCCUUGGCCGUGUGUUUUGGGUCAUUGUCAUGCUGGAAUACCCAUCCACGACCCAUUUUCAAUGCCCUGGCUGAGGGAAGGAGGUUCUCACCCAAGAUUUGAUGGUACAUGGCCCUGUCCAUCGUCCCUUUGAUGCGGUGAAGUUGUCCUGUCCCCUUAGCAGAAAAACACCUCCAAAGCAUAAAGUUUCCACCUCCAUAUUUGACGGCGGGGAUGGUGUUCUUGGGGUCAUAGGCAGCAUUCCUCCUCCUCCAAACAUGGCGAGUUGAGUUGAUGCCAAAGAGCUCAAUUUUGGUCUCAUCUGACCACAACACUUUCACGCAGUUCUCCUCUGAAUCAUUCAGAUGUUCAUUGGCAAACUUCAGACGGCCCUGUAUAUGUGCUUUCUUGAGCAGGGGGACCUUGCGGGCGCUGCAGGAUUUCAGUCCUUCACGGCGUAGUGUGUUACCAAUUGUUUUCUUGGUGACUAUGGUCCCAGCUGCCUUGAGAUAAUUGACAAGAUCCUCCCGUGUAGUUCUGGGCUGAUUCCUCACCGUUGCAACUCCACGAGGUGAGAUCUUGCAUGGAGCCACAGGCCAAGGGAGAUUGACAGUUCUUUUGUGUUUCUUCCAUUUGCGAAUAAUCGCACCAACUGUUGUCACCUUCUCACCAAGCUGCUUGGCGAUGGUCUUGUAGCCCAUUCCAGCCUUGUGUAGGUCUACAAUCUUGACCCUGACAUCCUUGGAGAGCUCUUUGGUCUUGGCCAUGGUGGAAAGUUUGGAAUCUGAUUGAUUGAUUGCUUCUGUGGACAGGUGUCUUUUAUACAGGUAACAAACUGAGAUUAGGAGAACUCCCUUUAAGAGUGUGCUCCUAAUCUCAGCUCGUUACCUGUAUAAAAGACACCUGGGAGCCAGAAAUCUUUCUGAUUGAGAGGGGGUCAAAUACUUAUUUCCCUCAAUAAAAUGCAAAUCAAUUUAUAACAUUUCUGACAUGCGUUUUUCUAGAUUUUUUUGUUGUUAUUCUGUCUCUCACUGUUCAAUUAAACCUACCAAUAAAAUUAUAGACUGAUCAUUUCUUUGUCAGUGGGCAAACAUACAAAAUCAGCAGGAGAUUAAAUACUUUUUUCCCUCACUGUAAGACAAUGUUCUUAUAAGGGUGCUGUUCGGUGUAAUGAACCAAUAAGCAUUGAUUGGUUAAUAAUGGGUAUGAUUUUGUUAGGGAGUUGAAUCAGAGCCUCCGACCCGCCCCCCUUUACCUCAGGAGCUCCAAGACACCAAUCAGGGAAGAGACCAGGGGCAUGUGUGGAUAGAUCCGAACUAUGAGGUGAGUAUUGAGAGACACAGUAGGUUACAUUCUGAUUCUCUACCCUUUUCUCAAAGCGUGCACUUUCACUCCCUAUAAUUGAUUUAGCAAUAGUGGAAACUCCCUCCAGCCAAUGCUUACACCAAUGCAAUGUUUUCAAAUCCAUGACAGGUAGUGUGCAAGCGCACACUUUGGGAGAAGGGUAGAGAAUCAAGACGCAACCAUGCUGAUAAUACCACUUUGAAUCCUCAACAAUGACACAGUAAAUAUCUCUGUUGCAUCCAUGAUCUCUGUGUAUGUGCUGUAUGUCCUCCAGGGCAUCUACAGUGACCCAGUAUAUCCACUGGACAGAAGAGGAAACAGACAGUCUGAUACCCACGGUGACAGAACACAGAGAGAGACAUCAGGUAGCUAGUAUGAUAUGGAGUUUUUGACUAUGUCUAUGACGAUCAUGUACAUUAACCACCUAUGGAUCAUCGAUUUCCAGAGUUGAGGAAAUACCGGUAUGGUAUAACUAUAGCAAACGUUCCUUCUGAUGGUGUUACACUGUACUGUAUUGUCCUUGUCAGGUUUUCGUCACGUUAUCAAUUGCUCUUUCUUAUACACUCAUUUUCCUUCUCUCGCUCUAUAUCUGUCAUCCACAGAAUCUCAGUCUAGUUCAAGAUGGUCCAUACCAGAUCCCACAAAUAAGGUACAAUUGUCUAAUUCAUCUACGUCUCCACCAUCUGCACCUUGUUAAAAUGUAAAUCACUUGAUAGAAUACAAAUAACUGACAGAUUUUUUUUAAAUGAUAUUUUCUUUCAAUCAAAGCCAAAUUCAAAUGUUUUGAUUCUCAUCUGAUUCCUUACAAUUAGGGCGUGUUUCAAUAUCUCUGACAGUCAACAGAGGGAAACAGAGACACAUAGCUCUGUGGUUCUCGCUGUAUUUACACCCAACCUCUUCUCCCUUUUUCUCUCUCUCAAUUCAAUUCAAUUCAAUUCAAAGGGCUUUAUUGGUAUGGGAAACGUAUGUUUACAUUGCCAAAUCAAGUGAAAUAGAUAAUAAACAAAAGUGAAAUAAACUAUCAAAAAUGAACAGUAAACAUUACUGUUUACAACAAACUACAACAAAUGUUUCAAAGGAAUAGAGGCAUUUCAUAUUAUGGCUAUGUACAGUGCUAUAACGAUGUGCAAAUAGUUAAAGUACAAAAGGGAAAAUAAAUAAACACAAAUAUGGGUUGUAUUUACAAUGGUGUUUGUUCUUCACUGGUUGCCCUUUCCUUGUGGCAACAGGUCACACAUCUUGCUGCUGUGAUGGCACACUGUGGUAUGUCACCUAAUAGAUAUGGGAGUUUAUCAACAUUUGAUUUGUUUUCAAAUCUUUGUGGGUCUGUAUAAUCUGAGGGAAAUACUGUAUGUGCCUCUAAGUGUAGCUCAGUUUCCACCUCAUUUUGUGGGCAGUGUGCACAUAACCUGUCUUCUCUUGAGAGCCAGGUCUGCCUACGGUGGCCUCUCUCAAUAGCAAGGCUAUGCUCACUGAGUCUGUACAUAGUCAAAGCUGUCCUUAAUUUUGGGUCAGUCACUCUGGUCAGGUAUUCUGCCACUGUGUACUCUCUGUUUAGGGCUAAAUAGAAUUCCAGUUUGCUCUAUUUUUGGUUAAUUAUUUCCUAUGUGUCAAGAAAUUCUCUCUCUCUCUCUCUCUCUCUCUCUCUCUCUCUCUCUCUCUCUCUCUCUCUCUCUCUCUCUCUCUCUCUCUCUCUCUCUCUCUCUCUCUCUCUCUCUCUCUCUCUCUCUCUCUCUCUCUCUCUCUCUCUCUCUCUCUCUCACUCUCACACACACACACAUGUUUGUUUUACUAUACUUGUGGGGACCAAACACUUGAUUCCCAUUCAGAAUCCUAUUUUCCCUAACCCCUAAACCUAAACCUAAUCUUAACCCUAAACCUGAGCCUAAACCUAACCCUUAACCCCUAACUCUAACCCUGAACCUGAGCUGAAACCUAACCCUAACCCUAAACCUAACCCCUAACCCUAAUUCUAACCCUAACCCUAAAUGUAACCCUAAACCAACCCCCUAAGCCUAAAACAGCCUUUUUCCUUGUGGGGACGAGCAAAAUGUCCCCACUUAUCCAAAUGUUCCUUGUUUUACUAUCCUUAUGAGGACUUAUGGUCCCCACAAGGAGAGUAAAACCAAACGCGCACACACACACACACAAUAUCGUAGAUGUUCUAUUGGCACUAUUACUGCUCUUGGCAUUCUCAAGCUUUCCUGCUACCAGUCUGUUUUUUCACACACGACAUCUAUGACUUCCAUUCAUUCUAUGCAUUGGAGUCAUACACGUUGUACUAAAGCAUCACCUUUUCCUCAGAAGGGGAGGAUGAGUGAAGAGGAGCAGAUAGAGAGGAUGAGGAGACAUCAGGAAAGGCUAGCCAGUCGGAGGAAACCGCCAAUUCCCGAUCUCACGACCCAAACCCAGUGUCAAAGUUCAGAUCCGAAAGAAGAGGUUGGUUCUAUGAGGAUGAGUGUGUAAUGGAUUUCCAUAUGUAUAUUAGUAUAUGAUCCAACAUUGUAUGAAUAUAUACAUACUGUACUGUAUAUGCACACAUAUAUGUACGUAUAGGUAACUGCCAAAAUAAAGGAAACACCAACAUAAAGGGUCUUAAUAGGGCGUUGGGCCUCCACGAGCUGCCAGAACAGCUUCAAUGUGCCUUGGAAUAGGUUCUACAAUUGUUUGGAACUCUAUUGGAGGGAUGCGACAUCAUUCUUCCACACGAAAUUCCAUCAGUUGGUGUUUUGUUGAUGGUGGUGGAAAACACUAUCUCUCAGGUGCCGCUCCAGAAUCUCCCAUAAGUGGUCAAUUGGGUUGAGAUCUGGUGACUGAGACAGACAGACAGACAGACAGACAGACAGACAGACUGACUGACUGACAGACACACACACACACACACACACACACACACACUUUAAACACCCUAUGCUCCUUUGAGACCUCUCUUUCAAAGUCACUGAGAUCUCUUCUUCUAGCCAUGGUAGCCAAAAUAAUGGGCAACUGGGCAUUUUUAUUCAUGACCCUAAGCAUGAUGGGAUGUUAAUUGCUUAAUUAACUCAGUAACCACACCUGUGUGGAAGCGCUUGCUUUCAUUAUACUUUGUAGCCCUCAUUUACUCAAUUGUUUCCUUUAUUUUGGCAGUUACUUGCAUAUGCAUACAUGCAGGCCUAUACAUGUGAAUGAGUCACUCAGGGAAAAUCUCUUUUUUUUUCUUCAGGCCCACUUUGCUGUGAGGGUGACGAGAGUCGUCAAAGCCAUCUUACCGUCCUCUCUGAUUGCCCAACGCGUUUCUGUGGAGGAACCACUUCUUGAGAUGAGCCAGGAGCAGCUGCCAGCCCAACGGUUGGCUAAGGCUCUACAGGAGCUAGAUUCAGAGAGGCAGGAGCAAAACUCCAAUGGGCUCAAUGCAACCAGGGCCCAGAAGAGCCACAAUGUCACCACCAAGUCCUCCAGAGACGACUCCUGGACAGAGGCGGAGACUGCUGCGGAGGCCCUGAAGCUCCAUCAGAGUUGUGACUGGGCCGUUGUGGGAAAUGGUGGUGUGGCCUCUGUUCCCCGGGUAAGAGAGGAGGAUGGGGGUCAUGACUCUACAAGAAAAGUGUUGGGAGGAGGUCAUAAGGAGGAACAGAAGGUAAGAUGGUUGAUGUGGACUUGUUGUUCAGUAUAGUUCAUUUAAUCUCAUCUCUUAUUUCAGUUUUAAAUCAUAUUCUAAUAAAGGCUUUUUACAAGCUAAUUAGCUACUGAUCGCCAAUCAACUGAAACAUGUUAGGUCUUAUCACAGUUUUACCUGGGCUUUUACUCUUGUACGGAUAAGCAUGCCACAUAUCUCAAAGUCACAAUCUGGUAGAUGUCCUUCUGUUCAACUGCCAUUUCGAGUAAUGAUAUUCAUCCAUUGAUUCCUAAAGAAUACAACUUAUGAAUGCCUCAUGAAACACAGACUCAGGAUUGUGGCUUUCAUGUUACAGGUUGAGGGAUGUGCUACUCUCCUAACCUCUGCCCCGGACCCUGAUCUUUGCCUCACCCCUGAGCAGAGAGAGGCCAAGCAGAGACGUGUAGAGAGGAUCAGGGAGAGAGUCAUCCAGAGGUGUGUGUGUGUGUGUGUGUGUCUGUGUGUGUUUAUCAGUCAGAAAGCUGGGUCAUGAUGAAUCUCUUCUGUGACAGCUCAGUAUGUUUCACUAUGUAGAGAGACAAUUAUUAGAAGGGAUAUAAAUUACUCUAACUCCCAUGUCCAUAGACCUGUCUCUGUGUUGCCAUACAGUACCAGUCAGAAGUUUGGACACACCUACUCAUUCAAGGGUUUUUAUUUUCUUCACCUGGAAUGCUUUUCCAACAGUCUUGAAGGAGUUCCCACAUAUGCUGAGCACUUGUUGGCUGCUUUUCCUUCACUUUUCCUUCAUGUCCGACUCAUCCCAAACCAUCUCAAUUGGGUUGAGGUCGGGUGAUUGUGGAGGCCAGGUCAUCUGAUGCAGCACUCCAUCACUCUCCUUCUUGGUAAAAUAGUCCUUACACAGCCUGGUGGUGUGUUGGGUCAUUGUCCUGUUGAAAAACAAAUGAUAGUCCCACUAAGCCCAAACUAGAUGGGAUGGCGUAUUGCUGCAGAAUUCUGUGGUAGCCAUGCUGGUUAAGUGUGCCUAAAUAAAUCACAGACAGUGUCACCAGCAAAGCACCGCCACACCAUAACACCUCCUCCUCCAUGCUUUCAGUGGGAACUACACAUGCGGAGAUCAUCCGUUCACCCACACAGCGUCUCACAAAGAAAAGGCAGUUGUAACCAAAAAUCUCAAAUUUGGACUCCAGACCAAAGGACACAUUUCCACCGUUCUAAUGUCCAUUGCUCGUGUUUCUUGGCCCAAGCAAGUCUCUUCUUCUUAUUGGUGUCCUUUAGAAGUGGUUUAUUUGCAGCAAUUCGACCAUGAAGGCCUGAUUCACACAGUCCCCUCUGAACAGUUGAUGUUGAGAUGUGUCUGUAACUUGAACUCUGUGAAGCGUUUAUUUGGGCUGCAAUUUCUGAGGCUGGUGACUCUAAUGAACCUAUCCUCUGCAGCAGAGGUAACUCUGGUUCUUCCAUUCCUGUGGCGGUCCUCAUGAGAGCCAGUUUCAUCAUAGAGCUUGAUGGUUUUUGCGACUGCACUUGAAGAAACUUUCAAAGUUCUUGAAAGUUUCCGUAUUAAAUGACCUUCAUGUCUUAAAGUAAUGAUGGACUGUAGUUUCUCUUUGCUUAUUUGAGCUGUUCUUGCCAUAAUAUGGACUUGGUCUUUUACCAAAUAGGGCUAUCUUCUGUAUACCACCAAUACCUUGUCACAACACAACUGAUUGGCUCAAAUGCAUUAAGAAGGAAAGAAAUUCCAUAAAUUAAGUUUUAAAAAGGCACACCUGUUAAUUGAAAUGCAUUCCAGGUGACUACCUCAUGAAGCUGGUUGAGAGAAUGCCAAGAGUCUGCAAAGCUGUCAUCAAGGCAAAGAGUGGCUAUUUGAAGAAUCUCAAAUAUAUAAAAUAUAUUUUGAUUUGUUUAACACUUUUUGGGUUACUACAUGAUUCCAUAUGUGUUAUUUCAUAGUUUUGAUGUCUUCACUAUUAUUCUACAAUGUAAAAAAUAGUAAAAAUAAAUAAAAACCCUUGAAUGAGUAGGUGUGUCCAAACUUUUGAUUGGUAGAGUAUGUUCUUGUCAUGUGUUUUUCUUAUGAGUUUGCAUGCAUCUACAAAUCUAGCUUUAAUCUCAGGGCUUUCCUUCCACCUCCUCUUUCUGCUCUGCCUCCCUAUGUCUCUCUCUCGCUCUCUCGCUCUCUCUCUCUCUCAGUGCAGUCAGAGAGAGUGCCGUGGCGCCCGGCCGUCCACUGACCAGGGGGGUGAAACAGGAGCUCCACAACACCCCUUCUACACAGACCUAUGACAAGGCCAGAAAUAGCAGGGAGAUGUCAGGUACUCAUUUAGCCAUAAUGCUUAGGUACAAACAAUCAAUUAUUUUUAGAAAUGUAUGCUGAAAGUUUGUCCUUUCUGCUACAUUACUCUCAUUAAUAUACAGUCUACACUGUACUACAUUCAGAGAAUCACACCAAUUCCAGAACUUUCUGUACUUUUCAGUUUCUGGACCUUAUGAGGAUGUGUGCGGAGGCUGGUGCCGUUGUGACGGAGCUGUUCUUCGUAGGUACAGAACAGUAGAACCUCCCACCCCUGGAGAGACACUACUUUAUGCAGAUGAGGGAAAGGGACAUACGAAAGGCCAUGAGGGUCAUAUUGGGAACAAAACACAACACAAUGGUCACAGUGACAGAAAGGGUAUCAUGAAACAUAAAAAAGAAAAGAAACCAUCCACUUCCUCCAAACAGAUAUCCUCGAUGACUGUAUACCAGACCGAUGGAGGCCAGCGAUUCAAGAGGAGGUGCGAGGAGGAAGAACAAGAGGAACUCUCAAUCGAUCAUGGUGAAAGCAGUUCUCUGUCCACCAAUCAGAGAGCAGAAUGGUUCCUCUCAACCAAUCAGUGGCGAGAAUUCAUACCUUUACAAGACCACGGAAUAGAGUCAUUAUGCCAUGAGGAAACCUUGAAUUUGGACAAUGAUCCAACAUCUCAUGAUGCAGGAACUGAUUCCAAUGGCGCCACAUUUUCUAUCAGUGAAAGUUUAGAGAAAAUGUUGGAGAAUCAUUCCCUCUUCUAUAGAAUCACAAGUGACAUCAAUCUAUCAGACACGGACAUUACAAUGACUGAUGGACAAUCAGUUUCCGAUCAGGAAGAAAAGAUGGAGGGGGCAACCAGUGAGAUUUCAAGAGCAGAUGAAGUGACCUAUAGUGUGGUAAGACCAACAGACCAACAAAUUGAAGGUUGCCACCCUUCAGAAUCCUCCACAAGUCAUGAUACAGCCACAGACAAUAGCGGAGACAUCACUACAACCAAUGAGCAGCAAGACUCAACAUCUAUGGACCUGAACGCACAACUAACACUAUCUGGUAAUCAAACAUCAUGUGCCUCAACCAAACCAGCACAUGACCUAUGCAUCUAUGAAGAGAUACCGGACAAUGACGCCUUGUCCAAAGCAACGGAGGAACCCAGUCAAGAGAGUCAAUGGAAAAUGAAGAAAAGUCAGGAAUCGAGAAAACCUAAUCCCGAAUCGUCGGGUAAUCCUGAAUCAGAACAGGCUCCCUCUAUGGAUACAUGUGGAAAGUCGAAAACAGGAGAAGGAAAUUGUGGAAUAGUUGAGACAGUAGAUAUGAAGGUAGAACAGGAGGGAACUGCAGUGUUGAAAGUGGGCAAUAGCAGUUUAGGUGGAGAGAGGGAAGAGGCGGUCCAAAAAAGAGGUAGCCUAUCCAAAACCAAUUCUUUAGGCCUAUACGAGGGUGAAAGCGCGGAUCGAAGUGCCUCGUUUGGAAGAGGGAGAGUAACAGUACUGCGGACAAGUUUA